ACGUAGUCUUGCAAUCAGCUGACUGAAAGGGAUGCUGUCAAGAAGGACCUCUGAAUUAAAACCCUGAUAUUGUUCUCGCAAUGUACAGGUGAAGAUAUUUUGACAACGUUUACAUAAAUACAUUACGUAGAUCAAUACUAAUUGAUCUGAACGUAUCGGCCUAGUGGACUGCCAUCUUUUCCAUAGCCAUGGCUGAGUUUUGGUUGAUUUCUGCCCCUGGGGAGAAGACUUGCCAGCAGACCUGGGAUAAGAUAAUGGCUGCCACCACACACACCAACAACCUGUCCACCAACAGCAAGUUCAGCAUCCCCGAUCUAAAGGUUGGAACGCUAGAUGUUUUGGUGGGCCUGUCUGAUGAGAUGGCAAAGUUGGAUUCUUUUGUCGAAAGUGUGGUAAAAAAGGUUGCCCAGUACAUGUCAGAUGUGCUGGAGGACAGCAGGGACAAGGUCUUGGAGAACCUGCUGGCUAAUGGAGUUGAUUUGGUGACCUAUGUCACCAGGUUCCAAUGGGACAUGGCCAAGUAUCCCAUUAAGCAGUCUCUGAAAAACAUCUCAGAGAUCAUCUCCAAGCAAGUCACUCAGAUUGACAAUGACCUGAAGGCUAGAGCAUCGGCCUACAACAACUUGAAGGGCAACUUACAGAAUCUUGAAAGGAAAAAUGCGGGGAGCCUGUUGACAAGAAGUCUGGCAGACAUAGUGAAGAAAGAGGAUUUCAUACUUGACUCAGAAUACCUGAUUACCAUGCUGGUGGUUGUCCCUAAGGCAAGUUAUCCUGAUUGGCAUAAAACAUAUGAGAGCCUUGCUGAAAUGGUGGUGCCACGCUCCACUAAUCUGCUGUUUGAGGAUCAAGACAGUGGUCUCUUCAGUGUCACCCUCUUCAGGAAAGCCAUUGACGACUUCAGACACAAGGCUAGGGAAAUGAAGUUUAUGGUGCGUGACUUCCAGUAUAAUGAUGAGGAAAUGAAGGCAGACAAAGAGGAGAUGACCCGCCUUUCAACUGACAAGAAGAAGCAAUUUGGGCCGCUGGUGCGAUGGUUGAAAGUAAACUUCAGCGAAGCAUUCAUUGCCUGGAUACAUAUCAAAGCCCUGCGGGUGUUUGUGGAGUCUGUCUUGAGGUAUGGUCUGCCUGUGAACUUCCAGGCCAUGCUGCUGCAGCCCAACAAGAAGAACAUGAAGAAACUGAGGGAGGUGCUGUUUGACCUCUACAAACAUCUGGACAGCAGCGCCUCCAUCAUAGACGCCGCAAUGGACAUCCCCGGCUUGAACCUGAGCCAGCAGGAGUAUUAUCCCUAUGUUUACUACAAAGUUGACUGCAACCUGUUCGACUUCAAAUAGGGACCGUGACACCUUCAGCCCUAAUCCUACCCUCAGUUUACUGCAGUAUUUUAUUGUAAUGUGACUUGAGCCAGCAUCCAAAAGCUUUAUCUAUACACCUGCUCUGUUUCUUUGCUUUUUUAUUCCAGACCUCUGUCACUUUGACCUUUUUCCCAUUUAGCUUUAAUCAUAAACAAAAGUAGUUUUAAGUUGUACUUUUUUUUGUAAGUAUUGUAAUUGAAUGCCUUCCUGUUUUAUACACACAGUGGCAACAUUCCUUUUUGAAACAACUUUGUGCAAUGGAAUGUGCUUUUAUUUCUAAGACGCAUGUCUCGGGGAAACGAAAUUAGUGCAAAUAUAAAUGUAUUUAUUUAUGACUUGUUUGGUAGAAAUUAUGGUUUAGUUUUUAAUGCAUCUGUGUUUCUAGCUCCAUUUGUGGAAUAUUUUCGUUUUUUAGACACAGCUGAUGUAACAAACCUUUAUGUUUCCUAACUUGCAAGCAGAGUGUAUUUGGCUCAGCUAGUGAAACUGAAACUGGAUAAUUUUCUCCAGAAGCAAUUUGUUUUGUGAACUGUGUUCCAUGUUAUGUCAUGAUUGUCUAUUAUGUUUCUGAAAAAUAUGCACAAAUAUUGUGUAUAAUAAAAUAAAUAUGUAC